AUGCCCUACUCCCGGCGCUCGUCGGGGUCUGACCGGGAAUAUGUGUUGAUGCCAGUCCACAGUGUCGCAGGCAGCGAAUAUGGAGGACGAGGUCGCCGUACCUACGAGCCGCCCAUUGAGGUGAAUAAUUUCCUCGAGGUGCCACAAAGCCGCCCUCGUGCAUCCAGCCAAGGCGCAGGCGUGGCACCUACGAUUGUCAAUAUAGGUGCAGGUGCCCUCUCUGAGCGAGGUGAUCGUGAUCGUGAUCACAGUCGGAGUCGCAGUCGUCACCGCGAAUAUCGUCACCACCGUUACCGCGACGGGUCUUCCAGUUCCAGCUGCUCGAGCGACCGAUCAAGAUCACGACACCGCCGUCGCUCCAGUCACAAACCAGCCAAAACCAAGCCGAUCGAAGAAGACGAUCUACCAUACAAAUUCCGAAAGGAACUCGACUUUGCCCGCAUGUCACACCGAGAGGAGGAGGAGAAGCGGAUCCUCGAUCGGAUAAAGAAAGACCGCGAGGAAGAGCGAAGACGAUGGAAGUUGGAAGAGGAGGAAGAGGCUCUACGGAGAAAGAAGGAGCGUGAGGCCAUUCUCUACGAGGCUAAGCUGGAGGAGGAGCGCAAGAAGAAGGAGCAGGAGGAAUUGAGGAAGAAGAUUUUGCGGGACGAGGAGGAACGUCAACAGAAGGAGAAGGAGAAGAAGAAGGCCGAGGAGGAGGAAUUCGAGAGGAAGGUCAAGGAGAAGUUCAUGAAUGCUGGUUACAGUCCAGAGUACAUUGACGAGGUGCUCCACAAGAAGAAAGCCGAGCGUGCAACACUGGCCAUCGACCUCCACCGUCCGACUUACAUCAAGGUCAACCGCAAGUAUCUCCUCCCGGAUACGCUGGAUCAUUACGGGUUGCCUUGGGAAUGGGAUCCGCGCGACGAAGAAUUUAUCAUUAUCAAGAAAUACAUCGACCACUCUCUACAAGACGAACUCUUUGAGCACACGCGGAAAAUCAAGGAGCGGAAACUCAUCACGGGGCCGUAUGUCAAGGAGACCAAGACGAUCACGACACUCACGCCAAACGACCACGCGUUUGUGAAGAAGGGAGACAAGAUGUACGUGGUGCGGGAGAAGAGUAAGAGCCGCAGUCCGGCGGGGAAGAGGACGAGCUGGAUGUUUACUUGA